UAAACUUAUUUAAACACGUCGAAAUAAAACAGUAUGAGAUAAUUUCUUCACUGCAUUCGUUUAAUUUAGCCAAAAUACUUGUUGAAACAGUGGGCUUUAUCGUAGAGUCUAUUUAAUAUCGUGAUACAGUUAAGUACAGGUUUUAAGAUGAAUUUGAUUGUCAGACUGCUACUUAUUAUUUACUUCUAUACACAAGUUGCAUCAACCGAAGAUGUGACAAGCACCAAUUACGUCAUCAACAUUUCCGUGACGUCACCAGCAGUCUUCGGGAACGUAACCUUUCCAUUAAAUUCUAUAACUACGACGCAAAAUCAAAGUGCAACAAUAACUAGUACCGCACACGCUGCUCCGGCAAGGCUAACAACUGACCAGGGAAAAGACGACGUCACAGGUUCCAAAGUACCAAAUCCACAGGUUGGUGUCUAUAUUGUUGUCAUCUUUCUUGCCGUUGUUGGCGCUAUAGUGGUUGGUUGGUUGGUAUACGUCAUAAUCAUCAAGCGGAACCGACGUAGCAAUUAUUCUGACCCAAGCCAGGGGCUAAGGGGUUCGACAAGCGGCAUUGGACAGCCUGAGGAUUUCGAAAACCCCAUCGAUUUUUCAUCGUCACAGUAUAGCAAUCAGAUGAUAUAAAGUGCAUGUAUAUCACACAUAACGCGUGUAUAAAUCCAAUAGAACCCGUUCUGGCAAUUUGUCCUGAUGAAUACGACCUUUAGAGGGUGAAUUUUUGUGUCACAAGUAAUAAAUUACCGGAAGAGCUUUGUUGGGCUUAUAGUACGCCUAUAGCAGCAACAGCAUAUAUACAACGCGUAUACCUUCGUUUAUUUAAUGGUUUCAGCACAUAUACGCAGCUGAAACGUUUUUUUUAAAAUAAGACAUUAUUUCUAUGCUCCUGCUUCACAAAAAAAUCGUUUUACGAUUUUAACACAAGUUUUGGUGAAACUGAACUACAGUAAUGAAACGAGCAGUAUUAUAUGUAACUUCGCAUUAAAAACUACUAAUCCAUUCUUGCUUACUUUUAUUUGUGUAUAAACUAUGUUAAUAAUUUUCAAUCGUUUCGAGCGUUUCAUUAAACGUCAUACAAAUU